UUUCCCUCCACCCCCUUAUCCACGUUGCGAAAUUAACAUCCAAUAAAAUCAAGUUUAUAGAUUUUUUCUCACAACAAAAUAAUAUUUUGCAAAAAUCACUUGAAGGAAGAACAAUUGGGUCGAUGAUCAACCUAUGCGAGCUAUGGCUGCUGUAAUUUCCUGCUUAUUUUCAUGUCAUCAUUCCCUGCAAACUAAUAUCCCAACCAAAGUGUGUAUCCUUCCUCCUCCUAUUUCACAUAGCAAUGGGCUCUGUAUUGGGAAACCUAAUUCGAAACACACAUUUGGAUUCAUUCACAUUUCUCAACUUAGAACAUCUGCAACAUGUGUGUUUAAACUCAAUGCAUCUUCUACUGCAGCGCAGGAGACUGAAAACAGCGCAGAAGAACUUGUAGACUCUCUUCUUUCCAUGGUGGAAGGAACAGACAGAGGUGCCAUGCUAAGCAAAGAAGAGCAUGCAAGGGUAGCUGGGACUGUCUCUAAAUUGGAGCAAUUUUGUAUACCAGAGCCUCUCAAGUCUCCCCUUAUAUUUGGAGAUUGGGAUGUGGAAUAUUGCUCAAAUCCAACAUCAACAGGAGGUUAUUACAGAAGUGCAAUUGGGAGAUUGUUGUUGAAAACAAAGGAGAUGGCACAAACGAUACAAGCUCCAGAUUUUGUCGGUAAUAAGGUGGCCUUUUCUGCCUUGAAUGCAAUUGAUGGGGAAGUUUCCUUGGAAGGAAAAUUUAUUCCCAUGGAUAACAAAUGGAUCCAAAUCACUUUUGACUCACCUUACUUGAAGUUGGGACCAUUUGAAUUUCGAUAUGGAGGUCAAAGUUCUGUAAAAAUUGCAGUUAUAUAUGUUAACAGCAAAAUUAGGCUUGGUAGAGGUUCUAGAGGUUCAAUUUUCAUCUUUAAAAGGUGUUGUUAGUGAUACUCAUAUGCAUUCGUACCAUUCUUUAGGUACUUAUUAAUAUUUCCAAAUCCAUAUAUAUUAGUGAAUUGAACCAAGUUACAAAGGAGAUGACAAAGUGGAUAGAAAUAAAAAAUUAAUUUUUAACUAAGAACAUUAGAAUGAAUGUCAUAGUGCAACAUAAUUCUAACUUCAACUAAUGACAUUACAAUGAAAUGUCAUAAUGCAACAUAGUUGUAACUUCUUAGAUAAACCACUGAAUAUAUUUUUAUUUUUUGAGAA